UGACGACACAGAACAAAGCAGGAGCAACUUAGCUGAUCUCCGUCUCCCUGCCUCAAGAGAAAAAGGAAGUAUCUGAGAGAGGGAGAUACAUCGCCAUGAUUCUCGCGGUGUUAUUCGCCAACUCUGAAGGCAACAUCUUAGUUGAACAGUCUGUUUACAUUGUUUACACGGUGCUUGGAGAUGUCAACGUCUACGUUGUUGGCAAAGAUGGGUAUGAUGAACUUGCAUUGGCAGAGGUGAUCUUUGUUAUAACCUCAGCUGUAAAGGAUGUAUGUGGAAAGCUACCAACAGAGCGCCUUUUUCUGGAUAAAUACAGAAGGAUAUGCUUGACUUUGGAUGAAAUUAUUUGGAAGGGAUAUCUAGAGAACACGGAUAAAGACAGGAUCAGGAGAUUAGUACGUUUAAAACCUCCAACCGAGUUUUAGGCUGAGAACACCCUACUGUCACAGCCCAUUUGGAGGCAGUAGAUUCAGGGUCCUGUACUCCUGAAAGGCAUGGUAUAUCCUCUGCUGUAGUAUGUAUUUACUAUGUGAGUAUUGUGUAAUAUCAUGCUUCCUAUUCUGCAUUACAGAUAUUUUUCAAUUCUGGGUUGGAGCUUAUGGAACUGUUAGAUAGACAUUGUGAUAUCCUCGCAUUGAUAGGAUACCAGUGAAAUGUUUUUUUUAAUUGAAGUUGUGACUUAAGAUCAGUUUAAAGACAUAAAUGUUCUUUAUUGUUA